AUGGACGGUUUAUUGACAGAAGUUAAGACAGUUACUCAUGACCGGGACCUGUCUCUGUCGAUUGCCAAAGAGAGACCUGUCCACGGAAUAGAGAGGCAUGAAGCCAUUUCGAAAGCCGACACUGAUGCAGAUUCAACAUCCGCGGAUUAUAUAUUAACAGUACUAAAGUCGAAACCUGAUCGCGCAGGACUUUCUGAUGUCCUCAACGUACUGGAUCCAUCAAACAAAUACGUGACUCCAAAAGUCUUUGAUAUCAGAGUUCCAAGUCCGACAACUGCUCAGAUACUUAAUGUCUUAGGCACCAUUACGGUCCCUGAUCAUUGGGCCUCAUUGAAUGCAAGGUCAAAGGGGUCAACGUCAGAGGAUAAUAAACUACGAGCCGCUCUAUUAAGAUGCUUUAGCAGUGUCUGUGGUAUUAGUUGCUUGGUGACUCAACUCCGCUCGCUUAUAGCUACAGCGCGGUCAUCCUCCCAACAGGGGAAAGCAUCAGGCUCUCAAAUUCAGAUUCGAGAUCUUCUGACAAUUCUUUCUGCUCUUUUGAAGCCCAAAGAUCUUAUAUUGCGUAUAUACAUGGAUAUUGAGACACUCUACAGCAAUGCAACCCAGCAGCAGCUUGCAUGGAGAGAAUUCCUGUCUAGUAUUGCUGCUAGCAAGGUUCUCUCGGCUACAGCGGAGGCUCUCACGUUAGCUGGGGAUUUCGAUGGUUUGAGUACGAUCCUAUGGAUUGGAGACGGCGCCCAAUAUACCUCUUGGUUGGGUACUAAUAUCUGUCACAUGGUGUCAAAACUUGAUUUGGAUAACCAGGAUGCUUGGAAAGCGGUUGCCUCUCUAACCGGACGAGCAUUGAGCCUUGGCUACACAGAUCACUUGGCUCGCGAGUUAUACACGAGCUUGCUCGUCAAUGAGACUCUCCGAGAACGAUAUGGUUCUCUUUUCGAUACACUUCGGCCGAUGGAACAGCUUGCAGUUUUGGAAGCUACAUUCCGCGAAGUUGAAAAGAAAUAUUUCUUGGCACUGAUCGAUCAAAGCAAUGAGGCUAUAUUGGGCCAACGCGUUAACGGUGUUGCAGGAUUGUGUUCUAGUAUUAUAGGAGAGCGUGAACAUAUAAAAACCCAGCUUCUGGAUUGGCUAUCAAAAGGCCAGGGUGGCUCCAUACAGACUACCGGGUUACGUCGGGCAUUGUUGGCUAGCUUUACAUAUCAGAAAGCGAAUACCCAAGUCCUACUUCUGGCAGCAGGCUACCUUAAGCGACUUGAUCCAAACGCCAUCAUGGAAAUAGGACGUUCAAGUGCGUUUCUUAACACGGUUUCCAACCGUUUGGCCGCGUCAUCAUCUAAAGCCCGAUUUCUUGGAAUGAUCAUUGGGAUGUCAAUCUCGCAGCUCAUUGAACAGCCGGGGAAAGCAAUGAAAUUCGACCUCGAAGAAAUGGAGGGCGACGAGGCCUUGUGGUACUUCAACAUGGUCAACACUCAAGACAGUGCUGGACCUUUGGAAUCAAUUGUGCCAACUGACUCAGCAUCCAAAGCACAACAACCUGCCAAAAGUUCACCUACUUCGGCAAGGGCUACCCGGAAACCACCUCCGCGGACAGCUAAGAUAGUGGCUAUUGAGGAAAUAGAGUCCGAAAACGAGGAACCUGAAGAAAAUGAGGACCUCAUCCCCUACGAGAAACCCGAUGAAGAUCCAUACGAUUCUGACGAGGACCCAACUUUAGUCCAACGCAACAAACCAACAGCACCGGUCUAUAUCCGCGAUCUCAUAAUCUACUUAAGAGAUACUGAAAACAUAGAACGCUUUGAACUGGCAAUACGCACCGCCCCAUCAUUAAUCAGACGCAAAACUGACUUUGGAACUGAACUCGCCGAGAAUACCGAAGAGCUGGCCCUUGUCAUAGUUGGUCUACAAGAGCAGAGCAAAUUUCCGAAAUUCCAUGAGUAUCGGCUGCAGAGUAUCAUUGCCUUGAUUGUGUCCCAGCCUUUGAAGAUGGGCCGAUGGUUCACUGCGAUGUUCUUCGACGGAGACCUGUCUCAAGUCCAACGAUCUGCAGUUCUAACAGGCCUAGGUCUGAGUGCUCGUGAAAUAGCUGGGAAUGGCGAGAAUGACGCUAAGACACUGGGCCUUCCAACAUUACCAGACGCGUCGUUCCCAUCCAAGAAGUUACCAACCAAUUUGGAAGCUUUAUACUCGGGCAAUGAAUCUCCAAUAGCUAGUCUAACAAAGAAGCUAGCACAAACAUCCCUUCAACCACUGGCAGCAAAUGCUGCAGAUUCACUUUCUGGCCCAAACGCGCUUAAAGUGCGAACAUUCUCUUCUCGAAUGGAGGUUGAGAAGCAACGCCAGCAGCGAGAGGCUCAGCGCCAGAAAUCUACAGCCAAGGAUCUCUACAAAGUGCUGGCGGAAGGGUUCUUCUAUCCACUAAAGAGUCGAUUUGAGAUGAUGAUGCUGCAAUUUUCUUCAUCAACAGCACCUUCAUACAAUCCCUUCAUUACUCCUAAUCUCCUCACAUUGUUCAUCCAAACACUUACCCUCACCCUUUCAACCAUGGGGCCUCAUACUCCAUAUCUCCCUACUGUCACAGAGGAUGCAUUAACCUUCCUCCUCUCACUCCACACGCGCCCCGCUUCUGAUGACCCCACAAUUCUAUCUGCCCUUCUAGCUCUCUUCCUCACUAUAGUUGAUCUGAACGUCGCAUCGGGCUCCACCGGAGAGGAAAGACUCGUCACAGAGCUCGCAUCGCAGGUCAUCGAGCUGCGUGAGUGGGCAGGCGAGGUUUUCGACCGUACACCAGCAGUUAAGAGAGACGAACCUAGAGAACAGGUUAGAACUUUAGCAGCGGGUGUCAUGGUCAAACUAGGAGAAGUGAUGGAACGGUACCAAGGGCGGUUGAUGGGCGUGAAUUCCGGGUUUAAGUAUUGA